CCCGGCGCAAGCCCCUCCCCGACGGUCCGAGAAGCCCGGCGCGUCGGUAUAAAUUGGCUCGGCGGAGCCCUGCCACGGUGUUGCGCGGCCGCGGGUCGGGGUUAGGGUCUGUGUCGGUACCGGAUCAUAGAGUGCUCUUCACCGGACUGCCCACCGAGGAUGCAGCUGGGCGAGCCGCUGCUGGCGGCGGCAGCGGCGACCCUGCCGGGAGCUCCCUUCUACCCGCUGGAGGGCAGCGGGCGCGGCGGUGGGACUGGAGCUGGGACCGGGGCAGGCGGUGCGUCCCGCGGCCCUCCCCGGCCGGGCUCGCCACAACGACUCGACAUGGACAAGACGCCCAAGAAGUUCGGAUCGGCCACCGCCAUGCUGGGCGAGGCGGAUGCGGGCGAGCCGCCCUUCGCAGCCCCGAAGCCGGACGGCCGCAAGGCCACCCCCUGCGGGGAGGAGGAGCUGCCCCCUGCCGCCGCCGGCCCCCGCUAUCCCAUGGACAGUCUCAGCCCCGAGCGCUACUACCUGCAGUCUCCCGGGCCUCCCGGGGCCGAGCUAGGGGGGCCCUGCGCCCUCUUUCCCUACCCGCCGGCGGCGCAGCACGGCGCCGUUUACCAGCCGCCCGGAGGGCCGCGCUACCCCUACGGCUCGGUAUUGUCUCCGGGCGGUUUCGCCGGCACCGUCUGCCCUCCCGGCGGCCGGGCGCAAUUCGGCGGAGGCAGCGGGUAUCAGUACGGGCAGCCGGCGGCCGGCACACCACUGUACGGGCCUUACUCGGCAGCGUCGGGCUCCUGCGGCGGGCUUGGGGCGCUGGGGGUGCCGGCCGCCGGCCCCGGGCUGCGGGCGCAGGUUUUCCUCUGCAACCGCCCCCUUUGGCUUAAGUUCCACCGGCACCAGACGGAGAUGAUCAUCACCAAGCAGGGCCGGAGGAUGUUUCCUUUCCUGAGCUUUAAUAUCACCGGCCUCAACCCCACGGCCCACUAUAACGUCUUUGUGGAGGUGGUGUUGGCGGACCCCAACCACUGGCGUUUCCAGGGGGGCAAGUGGGUUACCUGCGGCAAAGCUGACAACAACAUGCAAGGCAACAAGGUGUACGUGCACCCCGAGUCGCCCAACACCGGGGCUCACUGGAUGAGACAGGAAAUCUCUUUUGGGAAGCUGAAGCUAACGAACAACAAAGGUGCUAACAACAACAACGCACAGAUGAUAGUACUGCAAUCUCUACACAAGUACCAGCCUCGGCUUCACAUUGUGGAAGUGACUGAAGACGGUGUUGAAGAUGUGAAUGAUUCCUCAAAGACUCAAACAUUUAUUUUUCCUGAAACACAGUUCAUAGCAGUUACAGCGUAUCAAAACACUGAUAUUACACAGCUCAAAAUCGACCAUAAUCCCUUUGCAAAAGGCUUCAGAGACAACUAUGACUCCAUGUACACAGCUUCAGAAAAUGACAGAUUAACUCCAUCUCCCACGGAUUCUCCUAGAUCCCACCAGAUUGUCCCUGGUGCCCGCUACAGUGUGCAACCAUUCUUCCAAGAACAGUUUGUCAACAACCUGCCCCCAGCCAGGUUUUACAAUGGUGAGAGAACAGUCCCUCAGGCAAAUGGCUUGCUCUCCCCACAGCAGAAUGAAGAGGUGGCCAGCCCUCAGCGGUGGUUUGUUACACCCGUACAGCAGCCCAGUGCCAACAAGUUGGACAUGAACUCCUAUGAGACAGAGUAUUCUUCUAGCACCUUGCUCCCUUACAGCAUUAAAUCCCUUCCCCUUCAGACAUCCCAUGCUUUGGGGUACUACCCUGACCCAACAUUUCCAUCCAUGGCAGGCUGGGGGAGCAGGGGAUCUUACCAGCGAAAAAUGACAACAGGGUUAUCCUGGACCUCCAGAACAAGUCCUCCAGGCUUCUCUGAAGACCAGCUUUCCAAGGAGAAGGUAAAAGAAGAACUCGGCUCAUCUUGGAUAGAGACUCCACCUUCCAUAAAGUCUCUAGAUUCAAAUGAUUCUGGAGUCUACACUGGUGCUUGUAAGAGAAGGCGACUCUCCCCUAGCACUUCCAGCAAUGAAAAUUCCCCUACUAUGAAAUGUGAGGACAUUAAUGCUGAGGACUAUAACAAAGACACUUCAAAAGGCAUGGGCUACUAUGCAUUCUAUACUAGUUCUUAAAGCAUCCUUUUAUUCCAAUUGGCCAAAUUGGUGGUUGGUUUUUUUUCAGGGUGGCCUUGGGUUUGUUUUUCUUUUGCAUUACAAUGGUAGAAAAGACUCUUGCCUUCCACCUUGAAUUGUGUGCAAUUCUAAAGAAGGUGCCAAAGCUUUUUGAUUUACUGCAGGUAACAAAGUAGGGAAAGAGUGACCUAUGGUAGAAUUCUUCCCCUGUUUUAGAAGAAACACAUGCAGAAGCUGUAAGCAGAAGCCUAGAUUUUUACUAUGUGGUUUAUUUAUUGGAGACACUAAAGUGUACUGUUUGGCUCAGCUCAGAGGCCCGAUCAAAUCUAUGCACUCCUGAGUGAGGAAAUAGGGAGAUAGUGUCCCACAUUUAAUUUUCUUCCCUGCCUGUCCCUCUCAUAAAAGGGGGUUUGGGUACAGGGAACUGCACAAAUGCUAUGUUCUGCUUUAGACUGAGCUGGCUUCUUCAAUCCCUGUCUGCAGCACAGUUGGCUGAGCUGGAAUUUAGCUCAGCAAAGGCUUGCUUUAUCAGAAGGUGACCAAAAUAAGGCUUGCUUGCCAGGCAGGUUUUUAACUUAAAGGUCUUGUUGCUAGUGAUGGGGUUACAAUGAAAGAAUCUGACUUUUUCCUUAGUUUAGAACUUGCAUUAAGAAAAAAGCCUCCAUCCCCAAAGCCUAACCUUUAUCGAGGUGGCCAAAAAUAGUGUACAGUUGUUUUGUCUAGGUACACUGUAGAAUAUUGUGGAAUAAUGUAUAAAUAGUUGAUCAAUAGCUGUUUAGUCAGAAGGGCCCCCAGUGGUGCUUUGAAUUUCAAAAUGCAUUUUUUGGUUAAUCAAACCUAGCUAUGAAGUGUUGCAAAGAACAUGGAGAUUUCUAUUUAUGUGUCUGUAAAGUGACUUUUUCAGCUGCCUUGUACAAAACUGGAAGUGAUGUAACUUAACCUACUCUUCUUGCAUAUAGUUUCAGCUGGUUAAAACCAAUAUGCUCUAGAGCACUGGCACACAAACUUCCCUCAACAAAGCAUCCUCGUGUUUUCCUUUUCUACGUAUAUAGUAGUAAUUUUUAAUAAAUGUGGUUGGUGCCAGGGAUA